CCUUCUGUAUGCAGUAGGACCCUUGGUGGGACUGUCAUCUCAAAAAUAGAAGGUUCAGUAAUCCAAAAGAUUGGACUCCAGGUUACCUCAGGCCAGGAAAGAAGUCUGCCACCAUUAGUAAAAGAGCAAGGGAAAAAUUACAUAGGAAAAACAAGUGGCUUAAUCAGAAGAAAAGAUCCUCAACUUCUAAGGCCCGCACAUCUGCACCCCUCUCUUCUGAGCUUUGUAUAGUGAUGUUGUAUAACUCCAGAUGGUAGUAAAAGGCAGAGCUCUUCCCAGAAAGGUCAGACAUGAUUUUCACUCUUACAUCUCUGAGGUGGGGUGGCAUUAUAGCACACAUUCAUGUUGAAUUAUUAUAACACCUAUGAUAAGAAGACAGAAUCCAUAUAUCACAAUGCCAAAUAGACUCCCUCCUGAACGUAUGGACGCAUUAAAAUUGAGGUUCAACCUGAACUCAGGCCAUUCCACUCCCUUCCCAUCCUCCUGAUUCUUAUGUUUGCUACAAGUAAAAGAUCAUGGUGUAGUCCCCAAUAUUCUCAUGCCUAGACUUGUCUAUUCACGAAGAAUGAUAUUGGAGAAGUGAAGGCUAUAUAGUUACAAUGUAGUAACACAAGGUCCUGGUUGACAUUUGCUCACUGAUGUCCAGUUUAAUUGUCUUGUUAUACUUGAGAAAGGGAGGAUGUCGUACAUAUUAUAUAAAACAGACAGAAAUUUAUUAUUUUAUAUAUGCCCUGUAGUUGAUCCCUAUGUUCCUAAGGAAAAGGAGUUUUUAUGCAAAAAAUAGGAUUAUAGACCAUUGAUUUUGUGAAAUACAUGGAUAUGUAAAUGGAAACAAUGUCAGCUUUCAAGGACUGCACAGUAAGCAAAUAUUUCCAGGUUUUAUACACUCAGAGGUAUAGAAGAAAUAUAUUGGCCUCCAGAAAAAAGGAAAAGCUUAGGAAUGGAAAUGUGUGUCACAUGCAUUGUCUCAAGUAGUUGAUUUACUUUUAAGAAAAAUCUCCCUCCUCCUUGGUCCCUAGAGAUUUGGGUGCUAAGAAAAAUCUGUUCUCCAAUUCAGGGUUGUAAGCAACCCUCCCCAGCAAAAGCAUUGUUGCCUUCUAAUGAAGCAGAGAGACAUAUCUAGCUUUGAAAUAGAGGUUGCCAAAUGGUAUUCCCAGUGACACAUGGGAGACUGGAGGAAAGGGUCCCCACAGAAAUUCAUCAGUGUGGGGAGAGCUGGUUAGUAGGUAGGCCAUAGAAUUUUCCAGUGACAUCACCAGUAAGCCGUUCACUGGACACUCUAUUGUAUCUAAGAGAUCCCUAGAAUCUUCUGUGAUGUCACCAGUGUUGUGGUGACACCAACUGCCUUUGGGAUAUUACUUCAGUUCCCUUUGCGUUCACAAGCAGGCAUGUUUUGCCAGCUGCUCAGGCUAUUUCGGAAGGAAAGUGUUGAUCAAGGUGAGACCGCACCAGGUCAGAGGGAAGCUGACCCCCUCUCUAGUAAAACAGGAAGGAGGAAAUCAUUCUGGGGAAGCCUUGGUUUUGGUAGGAAGGCAUCAUCCCAAAAUGUCAUCAGUAAGCAAGAGGAGUGUCUAAAGGAACUGGAGGAACUCAAAUUUGAAAUCCAGAAGUGUCAAUUCGAGAGGGAUGAACUUUAUCAAAUCCUGGAUCUUUAUAUCUAUGAUGAGUGGGACCACAGGCUGCAUGUCGAAUUGCCAGUCCUUCAAUCUGAACAUGAGAUGAGAAUGAUGGCUAUGCAAAUGAUGACCAACUCAAUAAGUGAUGCCAUGGAGAGGUACAAGGAGCUCAUACAAGUGAACAGUUCCUACCGCAUCAGGCAAUACCACCUCCUGCGUGAACAAACUCAAUUGAAGAACAAUAUACAGAUUUUGCUGAAUGAGAAGAGAGAACUGCUGGUGGAGCAGACUGAACUGCCAGCAUCCUCUGUGGAGGCAAAGAGGCUCUGUGAAGAGGCCGGAAUGAACAUCUGUGACCCCGGAGCCAAGCCACAGCAGGUCUGAAAUUCUCCAGCAGAAACUCGAACAUGACACAGACCAGGACAAGAUCUCCCUUGGAGAGAAGAGCUACAGGAGGAGAACUAAGUGCGCACAGCAAAUACACCACUAUUGCGUCUCAUCUGUAGUGUCCAUAGCAAUUGUGGACUGCAUUUUCCUCCUUUAGUUUAACUUCUUUGGAUUGAAUAGGCUGUACUUUCACCUCAGCCUCUCCAACAAGUGUGUACUUUUUUAGGGACUCAGAGAAGUGCUGAUGCACAUCAAUCAAGAGCUGCAGGUCAUCCAGAAAGACUGUGCACGGGUAAAUUUGUACUUGUCCUGAUGGGUCAUCCAGAAGAGUUUCAUGGAGAUCAGUUCACAACAUUGGAAAGACUUUGUGACAAAGUCUGUAAUAUCAUUUAUACUCAGUAUUGGUAGGCUUUUUCCUUAAUACCCCCACUCCAACAAAACAGACCUACUUCCACUCCUCUCGAAAAGAUUGUUACCAUCACUAACUGCUUGUCUACUAUGUCUCCAAGGCAAGCCACAGGCUAUAAGUCUAUUCUGCAAAAGGAGCAGCAAAAGAAUACUUAGCGCAAUUCUUCUAUUUAAAGUUUGGUUAAUUUUUAAUUGUUUUGGUUAUUUGGUUUUCCUUCUAUUCAUUUGAAGAUUUAUUAUUUAUCUGUUGUUGUUGUUUUCUUCAUUUGCUUUUCUAUUUUGAUAAGGAUAUACACUGUAUAUAUUGACUACCUGCAUCUGGUUACUAUCAAGUAAAUUGGAUGUAUUCUGGUCAAUAAAGUAGUAAUCUCAAACUCUUCACUCUUAAGAACCUUCUUUAUUGAUCAUUAGUGUCAACAUCUGAAGUCCCACAGCUAUCAGGGAGGGAUGGAUCUCUGCAUUCUCAUGGGGACUGGGCAUCAAAUCACUUCCCAGUCAGACUGAGAUUCACAGGCAUUUAUACAGUCACUGUGCACUGUGUUUCCAGCUCUGAAUUUCAAAUUCAUCAUGCAUACAUUACCCACUGUGUAAGCUUGCUGUUAACUAUAUAGUUACCUCUAAAUUAUACUCUGUCGAUGAGAGUUUUGCUGAAGACCCUGGAAUGCAGAUAAUCCUGAGACCACAGGAAAGAAAGCCACUUCUGACCAGCUCUUCCCACAUCUCUGGUCCAAUAUUAAUCUGCAUGGUGCCUCUUGAAACAGGAAUAGAGGAGCAGUCAGUGUCAGGAACCUGCUUGGUUCAGCCUAGGCCCAGAACCUACCUGGGCCCCGAGCAUAUUUGAAGAAAACCAUAGGCAUACAAUUCUCUGUUUCCUGACUGUGGCUUUUUUUGAUUCGAAGCUCAAAAUACCAUUUUGCUGUUGUUGAUUUUUAGUUGGAUAUUUCUCAUUUCGAAUUCAAAUGUUAUUCCUUCCUUGUUUUCCAGAAAUAAGUCCGAAUACCAUCGCCCUCCACCUCUGCUAUAAAAGUAUUCCCUUCACCAGCCAUCCACUUUCCCAGCCUAGGCAGGACCAAGGGCUGCUCAUUCCAUUUGUGCCCAAGAAGACCAUCCUCUGAUACACAUGCAGAUGGAGCCAUGGCACAGUUCCUGUAUAGUGAUUGGGUAGUGGUUUAGUCUCUUGGAACUCUGCUUGGCAGGCAUGGUUGUUCUUAUGGGUUUGCAAGUCCCUUCAGCUCUUUCAAUCUUUCUGUAAUUCCUCCAAAUGAGGUCCGGUUCUCAGUUCAAUGGUUUGCUUCUAGCAUUCACCGCUGUAUUUGACAUGAUCUGGCUGUGCCUCUCAGGAGACAUCUAUAUCCAGUUCCUAUCAGCCUGCACUUCUUAGCUUCAUCCACCUUAUCUAGUUUGAAGGCUAUAUAUGUAUAGACCACAUGUGGGGUAGACUCUGAAUGGACAUUCCUCUAGGCUCUGUUUUAAACUUUGCAUCCCUAUCCCUUCAAUAGGGAUUCUUCUUCUCCUUUAAAGGAAGGAGUGAAGAAUCAGUAUUUUGGUCAUCCUUCCUGAGUUUCAUUUGGUCUGUGAAUCUUGGAGAAUUUGAGCAUUUGGGCUAAUAUCCACUUAUCAAUGAGUGCAUACCAUGUGUGUGUUUCUGUGAUUGGAUUAACUCAUUCAGGAUGAUAUGUUUUAGUUCAUUCUCUUUGCCUAUGAAUUUCAUGAAGUCAUUGUUUUUGAUAUCUCUGUAGUACUCCAUUGUGUAGAUGUACCACACUUUCUGUUUCCAUUCCUCUGUUGAAGGGCAUCUGGGAUCUUUUCAUUUUCUGACUAUUAUAAAUAAGGCUGCUAUGAACAUGGUGGAGCAUGUGCUCUGUUGUAUGUUGGAGCAUCUUUUGGGUAUAUGUGCAAGAGAGGUAUAGCUGGGUCCUCCGCUAGUGCAAUGUCUAAUUUUCUGAGGAACCUCUAGACUGAUAUCCAGAAUGGUUGUACCAGUCUGCAAUCUCACCAACAAUGGAGGAUUGUUCCUCUUUCUCACAUCUGUGCAAGCGUCUUCUAUAGCCUGAGUGUUUGAUCUUAGCCAUUCAGAGUGGUGUGAGGUGGAAUCUCAGGGUUGUUUUGAUUUGCAUUUCCCACAUAACUAAAGACGUUGAACAUUUCUUUUGGUGCUUCUCAGCCACUCCAUAUUCCUCAGCUAUGAAUUCUUUGUUUAGCUCUGAACUGCAAUUUUUAAUAGGGUUAUUAGUCUCCCUGCAGUCCAACUUCAUGAUUUCUUGUAUAUUUUGGAUAUUAGCCCUCUAUCAGUUGUAGGAUUAGUAAAGGUCUUUUCCCAAUCUGUUGGUUGCUGUUUUGUCCUAACCACAGUGUCCUUUGCCUUACAGAAGCUUUGUACCUUUAUGAGGUCCCAUUUGUCUAUUCUUGAUCUUAGAGCAUAAGCCAUUCGUGUUUUGUUCAGGAAAUUUUUUCCAGUGUCCAUGUGUUCAAAAUUCUUCCCCGCUUUUGCUUCUAUUAGUUUGAGUGAUCUGGUUUGACGUAGAGGUCCUUGAUCCACCUGGACUUAAGCUUUACACAGGGCAAUAAGAAGACGAUGAUUUGUACUCCUCCAUAUGCUGACCUCCAUUUGAACCAGCACCCUUUGCUAAAAAUGCUAUCCUUUUUCCACUGGAUGCUUUUGUCUCCUUUGUCAAAAAUCAAGUGCCCAUAGGUGUGCUGGUUCAUUUCUGGGUCGGCAGUUCUAUUCCACUGGUCUAUCUUCCUGUCUCUGUACCAAUACCAUACCAUGCUCUGUAAACUGCUUGAGUUCAGGGAUGGUGAUUCCCAGGGAAGUCCUUUUAUUGUUGAGGAUAGUUUUAGCUAUCCUGCGUUACUUGUUAUUCCAAAUGAAUUUGCAAAUUGUUCUGUCUAACCCUAUGAAGAAUUGGAAUCGAAUUUUGAUGGAGAGUGCAUUGCAACUGUAGGUCACUUUGGGAAAAUGGCCAUUUUUACUAUCUUCAUACUGCCAAGCCAUGAACAUGGGAGAUCUUUGCAUUUUCUGAGAUCUUCUUCAAUUUCUUUCUUCAGAUCAUGAAAUUCUUGUCACACAGAUCUUUCACUUGUUUGAUAAAAGUCACACUGAGGUAUUUUUAUAUGAUUUGGGACUACUAUGAAAGGUGUCAUUUCCCUAAUUUCUUUCUCAGCUUGUUUAUCUUUUGUGUAGAGGAAGGCUACUGAUUUGUUUGAGUUAAUUUUAUACCCAGCCACUUUGCUGAAGUUGUUUAUCAGGCUUAGGAGUUCUCUGUUGUAACUUUUGGGGUGUCCCAUGUAUACUACCCUAUCCUCUGCAACAGUGAUAUUUUGACUUCUUCCUUUCCAAUCUGAAUCCUUUUGACCUCCCUUUGUUGUCUGAGUUCUGGCUAAUGCUGGGGACAACAUACAAUGGAGACAUCUCAGUAGCCCGCAGUAGCUUUUUGUAAAAACUGGUUGUUUCCAUUUCUCCAAACCUUAGCCCUGGACAACGGCUGUAUAGAUUUCAUUUGUGUGUGACUGCCUAUCAGUUGGCCUUGGUGUGCACAAUUAUUGUAUUAUAUCUGACUUUUCUACUUCUUUCUCCUUCUGCUCUGGUGAAUUCUGUGAAACUAGAUGUUCCUUGAUGUUAUGAUUCUGAGACAAUUGGAAAUUGAUGCAUAGGGGCACAGCACAGCACAGCCCUAGUGGCCCAGGUGGAUACUGUGUAUUCUCAUCUUGAAAAAAUGUAAUAACUGCAGAAUUGUUGUUCUAGAUUAGGGUUUUACUUGCAAAGACAGCUUGAAGAAAAUAAGAGAAAAUGAAUUAGAGCCAACAUUGGGACCCUAAGAAAGGAAAAAGUUAUUGAAGUUAGGAAAUAAGUUUUACAUAAUAUUAUAGACUGGUUAAGGAAGUAUAGAAUAUAUAAAAUAAUAUACUAGUAAACUAAGUCUAACUACUGGAACCCUUAUGAGAGUCAUUGUGUGCAAGGAACAGAACGCUAGUGGAAUUAGUGUGCUAAGGGUUACCUUGAUUCUUUCUGGCCACUGCCUGGCAGUUUUGCCCAUGUCAUUUAUCAUUAGAGUGUCACAGGAAAAUGCAAUUAGCUGAUCUCGGAGCUUUGGACUCUGAAGUAUAAAAGUAAAUGUUUAAAGUUUAAAUCAUGAUAAGUUUACAAUUAUUAUUAUUAUAUUGGCCACAGGCCUGGGUAUAGGGCAAGCCUGAAACUUUGGAGUACAGUUGUAAUUCUUAGUUCUUGGUGAGAUGUAGUCAUUCUUUGCAUUUGAUUUGGCAAUGAUUAUAAAUCUCUUUUUUCUA